UUUUAAACACUUCCGGUGUUUCAUUGCAGACGAUUUUUUUCCCAUUUUGUGUAUUCCAGUGCAGUUAGUGCUUUAAUUUGGAUACAGUCAGAAUGUCCAGGUUGUUAUUUCUAUUUGCAUUGUACUUGAAUACUGUAUAUUCAUGUGAAGUUUGUGAACCUUGCGAGUGCAAUGUGUUCCAGUUCCAUAGAAGGUUUUUAUGCACAGCUGAUUGUUCUGAUCGUGAUCUAACUUCAAUCCCAGGAACCAUUCCAAGUGAGGUACAUGUUAUUGAUUUAUCUUACAAUGACCUUCAUAGUAAAGACUUGACACGUUUAAAACUUUUCACAGAUUAUCUUACGGAUCUAAACCUUUCUUAUAACAACAUAACAUACCUUCCAGCUCAAUCCUUGUCAACAGCCUCACAGCUCAAUGUACUCAACCUUGAUGGAAAUAUACUGGAAAAGGUCGACACCACUUCUUUUGGACAUUUGAAACAGUUACACAAAUUGAUAGGGAUACAUGCAAAGACAUUUGACGAGAAUUCGUUUGAGAAUUUGGAAGGAUUAAAUGAUAUGUCUAUAGUAUUUGGUAGCCAAGAAGUCAGUGAAAACAUAUUUAGUCAUCUCAAACUAAAAACUCUUCACACCAAUUUUAAAACAGCUAAACGUAUUCCUGAGAAACUACUUAAUUUUGGAGUUGAUACGCUCGUCGAUAUUUACCUGAAUGUACCAAACGUAGAAAGUCUUCACGAGAAUACGUUUAACGGGCUUACUAUAUUGAAAUCUGUCAAAAUACAAACUGAAAAGAUGCAAACAUUACCGAGCAAUUUAUUUCAUUCGGGCGUGAAUGACGAUAGAAAAAUGCCUGUCAAUUUAGUAACUGUUAUAAUAGAUGGCGUUAAAUCACUACCUAGAAAUCUGUUUGAUAAACAACAGAGCUUGAAACAUUUGGCUUUGAAUAACAUUGAGGAUCUCAUCUUGCCGAAGUCUGAAUCCCAAGUCGACACACUAGAUCUCUCUGGAAGUACCUUAUAUCGUGUAUCGGCUGAUUGGUUUACUGGCUUUAAAAAUUUACGUUUUUUAAACAUGAGUCGGACAAAACUGGUAGAAGUCAACAACGAUACUUUAAUGCCACUUUCAUCGCUAACGGUUUUAGAUUUAUCAUAUAACAAUAUUACAAACCUACCAGACCACUUAUUCCAAUCAUCUCAGAAUACUAUUGUAGCAUUUAACGUGAGUCAUAAUCAAAUUCAGAAUAUUUCAAGCCUAACAUUUGAAGGGGUAAAGUCUUUGGAAAAAGUAGACAUGGGACACAAUAAAUUAAAUGUUAUUGAUGAAAAUGCUUUCAGAGAUCAGUUCAUGCUAACAGACUUAUUUCUAAACGAUAAUGAACUGGUGUAUCUUUCAGGCGAUACCUUAUUUGACCAAACAAGUUUAUUGGAUCUUAAUAUUGCAAGAAAUAAAAUUAAACAUCUUCCAGCACGUUUAUUUAGAAAUGCCAGAUCUCUCAGAAGACUGGAUAUAUCUGGAAACAAAAUACAUUCAUUGCCACAUGACUUCUUCGAAACAAUCCGUUUUCUUGAAUUUGUAUCCUUAGGUGACAACCCUGUUCAUUGUGACUGUCCUCUAAUGUUGAUAAGAGACAGCAUGCCGAGACUUAAUUUAAUUGGAAGAUGCGAGGCGCCUUCCAAAUUACAGGGCAUGUUGUUGAAAAAUCUAAAAUUAGACGAAAAUUGCCUAAUCACUACAAGUCCUACCGUAUUAUCAACAUCAUUUUCAUUCUAUGACACAUCGCUCGUUUUGUCUGCAACAACAGACCUUAAAGCGUUUCCAUCCAGAAUCUCAUCAACGCCAUAUACGUAUGCAACAGAAAGAGUGGACAUAAUAUCAACUUCAGCACACCAUCUUCAUCCUUCAAUAAUAGUCGGGAUAUUUAAUCGGGACACACCUGAAGAGGCUAUAGGAAAUGAUUUCUAUGACACAUUCCUAGGAACCAGUGCUUUUUAUAUUGCUAUUGGUUGUGUAGCUGCGGUAUUCCUUGGAGCUUUAGUUGGAAUUGCUGUUGUCAUGGCACGUCGAAAAUUGAGAAGCAGAGCCUAUGAAGUAAGUGAGACAACUGAAAUACAAAAUGAAAAUAUUGCUAUGGCUUUACGACAUGUUAACGAGGAAAAAAGUGAAACAUCGCAAUGAAAACAUUGUUAACCUGUUAUUAAUUUCAGAUAUAUGAUUUAAGGAAUAUAAAUAAAGUUGAAAACUGGCAAAUAAAAACAACUUGAAAUACGAACCUUUGACAGAUUGAAGAAGCCCCUCAUAUUCAGCAAGUCACUGAUUUAUACCGGUAUACUAAUCUAAGUAUACAACAGAACAUAAUGCUGUCUAUCUCAAUAACAAAUAUUUUAUAAGUUUUCAAUUCAAAUAAGCAAUGGAUCAAAUGCACAAAAUGCAAAACAGAUUCCAAUUUCCUUUUUGCUUCAAAUCUAUUGAAAACAUCAGAAGAGGAAGAAUAUCUUAUAAAAUUUUACAUUUCACAUAAUAUACUAGUUUAAAAUCUUGAAAAAUCUGUCAAACAUUUUACAGUGUUAUUAUUCAUAUUUCUAUUUCUCAAUAUUCACAAAUGACACACAUACCAAAUAUACCUAGCAUACCUAUGUAGAUUCAUAAAAGCACUUAUUCAUCUAGUUGUAUUUUCUCUUAAUUUGAAUAUAGAAAAUUACAAAGCAAAAUGAAAAAAAAGAGGCUGAUUGGUGUCUUUAACAAAGAGCGCCUCCCAUGAUCUAAUUCCUUUCUGUUUUAUAAUUAAUUCGUAAAUAGCCUUGAAUCUUUAUAAAAAAAUGUCAAAAUAUUUCGGCGAUUACCAACAUACAAAAUACAUAAAUACAACAUUGUAUUUUAGGGUGCAUGACACAUUAUGAUAUAUAAUGAAUUGCAUGACAUAUUUGGAGAAUUGGAUUGAAAUUUAGGGGAUAACAGAAUGAAUAUUUGCAUUAGAACUGGAAAAGAGUAAGACAUAUUGGCCAUCAUUUUCAUUGUCCCUAAAAACCUUCAAUUUAAAUAUAAAACAUCUUUUGCACUCGAUAUUAAAAUGUGUCAACCAUCUGUUUAGCUUUUUUGGGAUGAAUGGAUUUUUAUUGAAUUUGCAUAUUUUUUGUUUCAUCUUGACAUCUAUACAAUAUAUGUUUGACUGUAUUUGUUGUGAAUGCAAAACUAUAAUGAAUACUAAGAUAUACGGGUUGUUAAAAAUUGUAAAUAAAUGUUGUAAGAAGACUUAAAUUGCAUUGUGAAGACUAAUUAUAUUUCCCAUGUUUUAAAAAAAUCAUGUCAUAUUUGAUGGCUUUGAAUACAACACAAGUAUGCUGCUACUUAUUCACACGUCUGCUUUGAUGCAAGUUCUGUAUUUUUGUUUUUUUUAUUCUUAAUAAAAUACAUAUCAUAUUUAUUUUCUAAUAUACUUACCAAAUGUAAAAUGUUUUCCGACAAUGUAUACGGUGUUCAAAUACUAUAUGUUGUUAUUUAGUUGCUUAAUUUUUAUCAUGCUUUAUACGGAUAAUUUUAUUAGUCGAAUGCUUUAAUAAUUUUGUGAAUUAAAAAUAAAAUAAAAGUUCAACCCGGUAUUUCAUUAUAAGUAAUACAUACCCUGUUUCUGCAUGCAACACAUAUGCUCCAUCAGCUAAAUUCUCAACGUUAAAUAAAGGAUACUUUCACAUUUUCAUUACUGUUAAAUACAUUUGUAUGAUAGAACAUAUUGAAAGUUAAAAAUUACUAUUUUCUUAACUCAUUUAUUACAAAAUUUGUAUAAA